AUGGAUAAAAGUUGGUUAUUGAAUCGAAGUUGGAUACAUGAAUCACGCUUAAGUUGGAAGUAUGAGACAGGAGUGGAAUACUUUAUUGAAUAUGUAAUACAGAAUGCUAAUAAUGAUAUGGAUGGGAAAUUUUUCUGUCCUUGUGUUAAUUGUUGUAAUGGAAGUCAUCUAGAACUUGAUGUUAUAACGGAACAUCUUCUCUGUGAUGGUUUUCUUAAGAAUUAUACACGUUGGAUAUGGCAUGGUGAAAAUAUUGACAUUCCAACUAUCUCAAUUGAAACUCCAACUCAAACUUUUACACAAGAGAUAGAUAUGGAUGAUCAAUUAGAGGAGAUGAUUCGUGAUGUGGGUCCAAAAUCAUUCAAGCGAGCACAUAUGUAUGAAUCUUUGUGUAGUGAUUCGGAGAAGCCGUUGUAUCCAAAUUGCACGAAAUUUACAAGAUUGUCAGCGAUAUUGAGAUUGUUCAAUCUGAAGGCAAGAAAUGGGUGGAGUGAUAAAAGCUUCACUGAAUUGUUAGAACUAUUGAAAGAAAUGCUUCCGGAGGGUAAUACAUUGCCUAGUCGUAACUACAAGGCAAAAAAGGUGUUGUGUCCUAUGGGUUUGGAGUAUAAGAAGAUACAUGGGUGCCCAAAUGACUGUAUGUUGUAUCAUGGUGAAUAUGAAGGGUUGCAUCAGUGUCCAAGAUGUGGGUUGUCACGAUAUAAAAAAAAUCAAGAUGAUUCUAAUUAUGAUGUGAGCACUAAGGGUCCUCCAGCUAAGGUUUUAUGGUAUUUACUAAUUGUUCUGAGAUUAAAACGUCUGUUUGCUAAUGCGGAUAACGAAAAGCUAAUGAGAUGGCAUGCAGAUGAGAGGAAGUGUGAUGGAUAA